CAGUUUCUGGUGGUUAUUCCUUUGUGCUGCGAGCGACUGCGUCUCUAAACGUAACAAACAGGUUUCCAUGGUUUGGAGUAACUACUGUUGGGAGGCCUGUAGUUUCAUUGCCAAAACAGUAAAGACAUUGUGGGAACCAAAAGCCAACACCGAAUCAAUCAGGCAGGAGCUGCCUUCCCGUACAGGAACUUUACAGGCACGACUCGUAUUUUCACUGCUUCCCGGACUUGAGGUAUGAAGACAUGGCGGUAAAAACGAGACUGCAAACCUACCGAGAACACACCCAGCUGCAGGAUAACUUCGCUGAUAAGGCUAGAAGUCCAACCGCAGCUCGCAACAGCAGCAGACUUUCAUCAAAAAGAGGAGUCAGGGACAACAAACAAGUUUCCAGCAUCAACAACUUGAUACAAAAUAGCAAAUUUGCUGCGAGCAUCAAGAGCAAACUGGGCCUGAGUCCGUAUGCUGUCAUUAAAAUAGGAAUCACUCUGAUUAUAGCUGCUGUAGUUGGAAUUUUACAUUGGUACCAUAUUUCUAGUCUUUUUGAAAAUGACAGACACUUUUCUCACCUUUCAACCCUGGAAAAGGAGAUGGCUUUUCGUACAGAAAUGGGGCUUUACUAUUCAUAUUUCAAGACAAUUAUUGAGGCUCCCUCAUUUUUUAAUGGAUUAUAUAUGGUGAUGAAUGACAGGUUAACAGAGCACCCUCUUGUUAUUAACACUCUGAAGAGGUUUAAUCUGUACCCUGAGGUGGUCCUAGCCAGCUGGUACAGGAUUUACACAGCAGUAAUGGGAUUCUUAGGAAUUGCAACCAAAAUGUGCUGGGCUGUCAACAGGGGAGACGGAUUAAAACCCAUUGAAAGCUGUGAAGGUUUGGGAGACCCAGCUUACUUUUAUGUCACAUUUGUGUUCAUACUAAAUGGGCUGAUGCUGAGUUUGUUUUUUAUCUAUGGGACAUAUUUAAGCGGAAGCAGACUUGGCGGCUUGGUCACAGUGUUGUGUUUCUUUUAUAAUCAUGGUGAGAGUACACGAGUCAUGUGGACACCUCCCCUGCGUGAGAGUUUUUCUUACCCGUUCCUUGUGCUUCAGAUGCUGCUUUUAACAUACAUCCUCAGGAGUUCAAGAGCAGGAAAAGCUGCCUUUGUUGCCCUCGGUGUUUCUAAUGUCUUUUUCAUGCUUCCUUGGCAGUUUGCUCAGUUUGUUUUACUUACUCAGAUUGCAUCCUUAUUUGCUGCUCAUAUUGUGGGUUAUCUGGGCUAUGUAAAGCUACGGUCACUCUUAUAUGUCCACAUGAUGUCCCUGUUGGUUUGCUUUGUCUUGAUGUUUGGAAAUGGCAUGUUGUUAACAUCCUUUUAUGCAUCGUCGCUGGUAACAAUUUGGGGAAUCAUUGCAAUUAGAACACAAAUUUCACAGUUCUGCAAAACAGCAGUUUUGACAUGUGUUGCUCAAGGUGUUGGUUGGUUUAUAUCUACAAUUUUGUUAAAAUUCUUGAGUUCUGUCAUUCUCGGAGUUAGCGAUGAUGCCCACAUAAGCAAUUUAAUAAAAUCGAAGUUUACAAGUUAUAAAGAUUUUGAUACACUGAUGUACACCUGUGCUGCCGAAUUUGACUUCAUGGAAAAAGAGACUCCUGUGAAAUAUUUAAAAACGCUGCUUGUGCCUGUGAUUCUCUGUGUGUCUGUGAUAAUUAUAGAAAAGACUGUGACAGAGGUUUGGGGGGUGUUAAGAAUGAGUGACAGUAAAGCAGAUGGCAGUGAACACACCCUUUCCAAAAAGACAGCAUAUUUUGCAAACGGAGAGAUGGUUUACCAUGUUUUGCAGUUAACAGCAUUUACAGUGCUUGCAGUCCUAAUCAUGAGAUUAAAGCUUUUUCUUACUCCUCAUAUGUGCAUUAUGGCAUCAUUGAUAUGUUCAAGGCAGCUGUUUGGGUGGAUAAAAUGGAAAUACAAUCACCAUGGUAUGGUGUUGGUGAUCAUAGUGGUCAUGUCUGUUCAAGGGUUUGCUAACCUGAGAAAUCAGUGGAGCAUCAUAGGAGAGUUCAGUAACAUCCCACAGGAGGAGCUUUUAGAGUGGAUCAAAGCCAACACCAAACCAGAUGAUGUUUUUGCUGGUGCCAUGCCAACAAUGGCAAGUGUUAAGUUGUCAGCAGAGAGACCUGUUGUGAACCAUCCACAUUAUGAAGAUGCUAGGCUGAGAGCAACAACAAGACUGGUGUAUUCCAUGUACAGCCGCAAAACAGCAGAGGAAGUCAAAUGGAAUUUAAUGAAACUUCAAGUGGAUUAUUUUGUCCUCGAAGAUUCUUGGUGCACAAGACGGAGCAGGCCUGCUUGUAGCUUACCAGAGAUAUGGGAUGUUGAGGACCCUUACCAUGCUGGCAAGACCCCCAUAUGUACAUUGUUAGCUGUUAAUCCCCAUCCUCAUUUUGUGAAAGUGUUUGAAAACAAUGUUUACAGUAUCUUAAAGCUUACCAAAGAUAGGUAAACAAGUGUACUUUGUGACAGCUAAUAAGAUCUUCCGAUUAUAAACACCUUCACUGUUGUAGCCUAGUGUGUGUUAUUUUACAGGCAGACACCUCUGUUGUAAUCAUUUGGAACCAGGGUCACAAGUCCAUGUUGGUACCCAGUAUUCAACCUGUGCUUUUUUAAAAAAAAUCUGAACUGUGUAGGUAUUUUUAGUAUGUUGUAUUAGGCAAGUUAAUCAGGGAAUUACAGUUGAGUUCAAUUAAAAAGAUUAACUGACUUUACAUUAUUAUUCUUAUGUAUUUUUUUUAAGAUCUGGUCAGUCUGGUCACCAUGACUGACUCUUUUAUGGUUCAGAGUCACUCCUUUGUGACAAGUAUAGUAAUUCUUCCAGAGGCCUGUCAGAUUACAGAACAAAAGGAAGCUUGGUGCAAAUACUGCAAAACUGAGAAACUAGAAAACAAAUUUAUACACAGGAAUGACUUGCUCCCUUAAUGCCUAUUUAAAUUUGUUUUAAGACUAAUCUUUACAUAUUUUAAUUACUUGUUUGUGUUUGUUUUUUAACAGUGUUUAAACCUACCAUAGGAUUGACUUAAGUACCACUUCGAUGUGCUGACAGAGAAAGCACAGUAUAAAUUAUUGAAUGUGUUUUUUGUUUUUUUUUGUUUCGUGUUUUGGGGUCAUUUCUAUUUCCAAAUACUCUAGCCAGUUGAGAGACAACCUUUGAAAUGUCGGGGGCUCCCGAGUGGCGCAUCCAGUAAAGGCGCUCCACGUGGAGUGCAGGAUAUGCCCUAUAGUCUGGACAUCGCGAGUUCGAGUCCAGGCUAUUCCUUUGCCAACCGAGGACGGGAGCUUCCAGGGGGCGGCGCUCAAAUUGCCGAGCGUCGCCCAGGGUUGUCCUCAGCUCACCGCGCACCAGCGACCCCUGUAGUCUCCUCCGACGCUGUAGCUCUUGGGUGGCUGCAUGGUGAGUCUGCAGUGUGAAAAAAAGCGGUCGGCUGAUGGCACACGCUUCGGAGGACAGCGUGUGUUCAUCUUCACCUAAAAAUAAUUGGCCAUUCCAAAUUGGGGAGAAAAUAGUAAUAAAAAAUAAUUGGCAACGACAAAAUUAAAAAAAAAAAAAAAAAAAAAAAAAAAAAAAAAACCUUUGAAAUGUCAAACAUAA